GUCUAACUGUCAUUUCCAAAUGUCUUUCGUCUUGAAAUAAUAACACACGUGCGAGUCUGUUUAUUUGGGAAAGUUUUUAUAUUUCAAUAAAUUAAUGAGAUGUCAUCGUUCGAACAAAUAGGCCUGGCAAAAUGGGUAGUAAAACAAACUGGGAAAUUAGGUCUCAAAGCUCCUACACCAAUUCAGGCGAACUGUAUUCCUGAAAUUCUCUCCGGCAAAGAUGUAAUUGGUGCAGCAAAAACCGGAUCCGGCAAGACAUUCGCUUUCGCGCUACCCAUACUACAGAAACUCAGCGAAGAUCCCGUUGGUUAUUUCGCCUUGAUCCUAACACCGACACACGAACUCGCCUACCAAAUUUCUGAACAAUUUUCCGUUGCCGGUCAACCGAUGAAUGUGCGAGUUUGUGUCGUUGCUGGUGGAACGGAUCAAAUGAUCGAAAGUCAAAGGUUGCAAAAUCGACCGCACAUAAUAGUAGCCAUGCCCGGAAGAUUGGCAGAUCAUCUUACCGGCUGCGAUACGUUUUCCUUUGAUAAUUUGAAAUUCCUGGUUGUUGACGAAGCCGAUCGAAUGUUGAAUGGAAGUUUUGAUGAGAGUCUGGACGUGAUAAACCGUUGCCUACCUAAGCAAAGGCAAAAUCUAUUUUUUUCGGCUACCAUGAAGGAUUUCCUGAAGGAAUCAAGCAUUUUUCCAAUCGCCGAUGAUCCGUUCGAAUGGUCAGAACAGUCAGCUAUUGCUACCGUCAACACUUUGGAUCAACGAUACAUUUUAUGUGCAGAAUAUGACCGAGAUCAAGUUCUGAUUGAAGCGUUACGAAAGUAUCGCGAAGACAACGAAUCGGCGAAUGUUAUGAUCUUUACGAACACAAAGAAAUGCUGCCAAUUACUGUCCAUGACGCUGAAUGCAGUCGGUCUGGAAAAUGUUUGCUUGCACGGGUUCAUGCGACAAAAAGAACGUGUAGCAGCUCUGAACAAAUUCAAAUCCAAUCAUGUACGUACUAUCAUCGCAACGGACGUGGCCAGUCGUGGGUUGGAUAUUCCAAGCGUUCAGCUAGUAAUCAAUCAUCGAUUGCCAAAAAUGCCAACGGAAUAUAUUCAUCGAGUCGGACGAACAGCACGGGCUGGACGGAAGGGUCUGGCGAUCUCAAUAUUUCGUUUUCCUAAGGAUCUGGAAUUUCUGGCUGCAAUCGAAGAAGCUAUAAACACGAAAUUAACCGAGCAUCCCAUCGACCAACGUCUGGUGGAGCGAAUUUUUAUGCAAGUGAGCGUGUCGAAACGUGAAGCCGAAAUUGCGUUGGACAAUAAGGACAUUGAUGAGCGAACACACAAUUAUCGUCGAAAAAAGUGGAUUGAAGAUGGACUUGAUCCGGACGAAAUGGAGUCCAAGUGGAAGAAGCAGCAAAAAGAUAAUGAGAAGAAACGGAGUCAAGGUUUUAAGAAACGAAGAGCCGAACAGAAAGCUAACAAAGCCGAAACUAUGGCAGUGGACGACGAACGAUUUAAGUCGGUUGAUGCAAAUCGGUUUUUGGUCAAACCAACGAAAAGUCCAAAGGAAAAGGAAACUGUACCUGGGUUGCUGAAACCGAAAUUUAAUUUAAAAAAAUCAAAAACUGACAAGAAGUUAAUUGUGAUGGGGAAACAGAAGAGAGAAGGGAAAAUUAAACGGAAAGGUUGAGAACUUU